AACUAAGAAACCCAACAUGGCACAGCAAUGGAAAGACAAAAGCUCAAGAAUGGAAUUACAAGAUUUAUUCACUUCCAACCUCAAUGACUCUGAAAAUGCAACUUAAAGGAACCAUAGUUGGCAGGGUGUAGUGAUCAAUGUCAAUGAAGGCUAUUUAGGGAACAAUUUGGCAAACAAUUGUGACAUACCCAUGUCAAAUGAGGAAUCUAAGAUACUUGCUGAACUAGACGACGAUGUAGAAAGAGACCUCGAAGAAGAGAUUAAAAAUGGUAUAUGCCAUCUUGCUCUUCGACUGCACAGGCUUUACCAACACCAGAGUGACAAGAAUGAGAGAGAAUUAUCAAAAAGUGGUACCAGAACUCGAUCAGUAUUUAACAACAAAGCAAUUUCAGAGGUGAAGAUAACAAUUAGGAUGGAAGCAGGAGGGUCUCAAAUAGAAAUAAAUGAGAUCAAAAAAGUAGCUCGUCAGUCUCAGACUUCCAUAUCAGAAGGUAAGGAAGGAAAGGUAUUCCCUAGUGCCAAGAAAUUCAAUUGGGUAGAUACUCUCCGAUCGGGAAAUAGUCCUGCUGCUAUUAUCAAUAAGAAACAUGAGAUGUCCCAUGGUACUGCUCGAGUAGUAAGGAAGGUUCAUGAUCUUAAACCUUAUGUGAAGGAAGGGAGAAGCUGGAAGGAUGUCUCAACAGAUCGCAAGAAAAAUGCAUGCACUUGAAUUGGGAUGGAGUUAAGAAGGCUUAAUGACACUAAAAUAUGAGUACAACCGUGUGAUAAUAAGAUGGGCUUUUGAAAGUCCUGGAUGUCACUUUUAAACCUUAUGACUUGCUUGAAUAAGACAAGAGGACACCGUCCCUCUUGAAGGUUUAAGGAUAUUCUGGCUAGAAUAAAAGUAGUCUGAAAAGUUUGGAUCACUUCCAGUUAAAUACUUGAAUUGAAGUGCUAGAAUGUUAUUUCUGACUUUUUCUAAUGUUUGAGUUCUUAUUAUAUUAUCUUCAAUUAUUGCUGCAUGAAGUUGACUGGGUCACUGGAAUAAGUUUGUAAAAUGAGUAAACACAAGAAUAUAAUGGACAUUGAAGUA